AUUGAUGUGGAUUCACAGCAACAGAUAACAGAUGAGGCAAACCCACCAGGAUUUUGGUUUCUUUCUUCCGAUUCAUUGGCGAAUCGUUUCUGGACAAGAAAAUCUUGAACUGUUUUCAGCGGAGUUUGCUUGCAACCGAAUUCAUCUUGGGGAAAUUACGACAGAAAGGGGGACCCGCUGAACCCAGAGCUGCAGACGGAUUGCUUUGUUUAUUUUGAAAACCUUAGUGUUUCUCGUUAAAAGACAAUUACUACAAAUAUACCUCGUGAAGCUGGAUUGACACGCUCGCGGAUUUCGGAGCGGCAACAUGCUCAACAAUAUGGAUUUAAACUCUCAGGACUCUUUCUUUUCACAGUACGACGACUGUUGUAAUCCCUCGCCAGGUGUUGAGACUUUGGGUCCGGAAAUAAAUCAAAAGCAUUUUACUGAAUCGCAGUCAGAAUCACCAGUUCAUUUCAAUCAAGGUACGCCAAUUGAGCCCAAAACUGAAACUUCCAAUUCGGAUUUUUUCUUUGAUCCGAGCGAAAACGCCGACUACAGAUUUCCAUCCUCUCUCAAUUACUCGGGCAGCUUCUACGUGGAAACGUCGUCCGGGGCCUCAUGCAGUGCCGAGACUUUGUUGAACAUGAUAUCUGAGAUUGUUGGCAUCUCCACUUUGCCUAUUUCAGAAAUGCAGCAGAGUCAGUCCGAGGCGGUGUUUUCCUCUUCUCACUCCCAGCUAGAGCAUGGUCAGGAUUUGCCUCCUAACUGCACCAGCGUCUCGGCGCUAUAUACUGAGAACCCGGUGUACUCCAGCUACGCCAACGUGCACGUCCCGGAGGCUGGGAUCGCUCCAGGUACCAAUGCUGCUCCUUCUCAGGAAGCAAACCGAAAGCUCAGCCAAGCACAGACUGACAUGCCAGCUUUCCCAGUGGUCGUGAAAAGUGAGCGUGACACCAGUGACUAUGAAUGGGACCCAUUUAAUAGUAAACCAGAAGGUUACGUGACUUCAGAGUACAACGAUUUGUUUGCAAUGACCGACGAUUGUUCUCCAUUGAACCAGCAGGUGGAUUCAAAAGAUUUCCUUGAUUCUCUCUCCACUGUUUGCCACACCAGCGAUUUAGCAACCAAACUGGAAGGGUCCGGCAUCCCGGAUUUGUGUUUUAUUGACAGGCAACAGACCUUUCACGGCCAGGUCAGCCCCAACUACCAGAUACAGAUGAUGGCUGGACUGAACAGCAUCAGCACUCCCACUCAAACCGUAGCGGUGCAAACUUUGGGCAGCCAGUGCACUUUAGACUAUGCUACGUCUAUGCUGGCCAAUGCCGUGGACUCGCUCCUGUACCCUCAGGUGACGCAGACCGCCUUUCUGAAAACGGGAUUGCGCCCUGAAAAGCCCAGCCGCUCGAGAAAAUGUCAGACUGGCUCAAACGGCCCCGCCAAGGAGAAGCCUUUCGCUUGCCCCAUGGAUAACUGUGAACGGCGCUUCUCCAGAUCAGACGAGCUCAACCGACACCUGCGCAUCCACACUGGACACAAGCCCUUUCAGUGCCGCAUCUGCUUAAGGAGCUUUAGCCGCAGUGACCACCUGACCACUCACACCAGGACUCACACCGGCGAGAAGCCCUUUUCCUGUGACGUGUGCGGCCGCAGGUUCGCCAGGAGCGACGAAAGGAAAAGACACGGCAGGGUCCACCUGAAACAAAAAGAAAAGUCGGAACUGAAACCCCAGCUCCUCACCGCCUGCUCUUUCUCUUUACCCCAAGGCUUUUAGGAGCACUUCAGGAGAGUCCGUCAGUUUCCGUCAUGGAAAGGAUUGUCGACAACAGGUUGGAGUUGGUAAACUGUGGGACCUGGCAGGUGAAGCCAGGCCUUUGGAGUUGUUAGGGCAGAUGCUGGCUCCGAAAAUAGCUGCAAAAUUGAAAAAAAAAGUACAGUGAAGGAAUGCAUCGUGAAAACAAGCAAGCAAAAUAUCCUCGAGGCGAGGUUACCGACUUUUGGCGUUGAGGAAAAUCUUAACAUCAGCUCAUGUACUCGUGUUUUUAAAUGUCUUAAAGAGCUCAUAGAAAAAAAAAAGCAAAACGUGAUAUAUGUGCACUGGCUAGAACUGAUCAAGCAACUCUUUUACUAAAACCUCAAGAUGUGCAUCAAUCAUAGCAGCUUCUCCACGGCUACACUCGGUGUCCUUAAUGUUCUUUUCUUCUUUCGAGAAAGUGAGACUCGUGUAGGCAACGAAUUAAACAUCGGCACAUUUCAGCACCUGCAACGCUGGACAGCUCCAAGCCUCAGCGCACUAAGACUAUCAGUAUAAAGACACGGGAGCAGAACAAAAGAACAUAAAAAAACAAACAAACAAAAAAAAAAAAAAAACAACAAAAAGAAACAAACAAAAAAAAAAAAAGAAUUGCACUUACUUGUGGCCUGUAAUAUGUGAAUUGCCUUUUCUGCUUUUGUUUAAAACACAUCAUUAAUGUUUAAAGGACGCUGAUUUUGCAUGUCAUUAUUUUAUGAAGUGAAACCAUAUUUGCUUUGAGUAGAAAAUAUGAUUUUCAGGUAUACAAACGUUAUUUAUGUAUAUGACAAAAGCCUAAUGUACUUUGAUUGUAUGUGAUUUCUUUUCACCUUUUACAAGGGUUGGUCUCUCUGCCAUAAAAAAGAAAAAAAAAUGCUUUGCUGAUUGCAGUUUUGUCAUUGAAAAAUAUGAUGUACUGAAAACAAAUCACUUGUGAACACUGAAAAAUAGUGGUCAAUAAAUGUUUCCCUAACAAAACAUCUUUAAAUUGCAUUUCUCUAACUGUACAACUUAUUGACUGACUGUAUAUUCAAAACAAUGCAUUUUCUGUUUGUUGACCAUUUUCAAUAUGCCCUAUGCAUAGAAGUUUAAAAAAAAUCAUCAGGCAAAUAUUUUUAUGUAAAAGGAUACUCAGUACAUUAAAGUAUCACCCUGGUAUAAAGGGGACAUGAUGGAAAAGUUAAUUUAUAUUUAAACAUACAGUUUUACAAUUUUGAAAGAGUGAAUGCUAAAAAUGGCAGUGCAAAUUAGUGUCUAAUUGAGGUAGCGCUACCUUAAAUGAUUUAUUAGUCAUUGUUAGUGAGACAUUUGCUCUAAAGCCACAUUUGUAAAAUAAAUAUUUUGAGUUUUACAUAUACAAAACAUUAUAUAUUAUAUAAAUAUAUAUAUAUUAGUUGUUUCAUGAAUAAGUUUUAAUAAAAUAGCACAUAAUGGUGCAAUGUAUAAUAAAAUAAUGUACCUCAAAAUAGUAUGUAAAAAGGUUAUUUCUACAGUUGAGCAAAGCAACAUUGAAAGCUGUAUAUUUAACACAUUCAAAAAUGAUUAUUAUGUACAGGUGCAAAAUGUAUUGUAUCAAAUAGAAAAACAAGCAGGAGUACUGUUACACAAUUUUGUAAAAAUGAAUAAAAAAAAGUAACUUAAAGUUGCCUUAAACUAUAUCACUUGUUAAAGUAUUAAAUUAUGUGUAUGUAAAUAUACCACCUCUUUUGUACAGAGUACUUUUUGAAUGACAAGUGGUUAUUUUUCUUACCAAUGUUUACAAAUAAAACUUUUGUUUUUAUUAUGUA